UAGAUGGAACAUGUUAUACAAGGAGGCAGUGUGCUGACUUCGAUGGAAUUGGAUCUACGAGCUGUGCAAACGGCAUAGGAGUAUGCUGUGUCAUUCAGAGAUCUUGCGGGGAAUCAACUCAACUCAAUAAUACUUACUUUGUAAGUCCUGGAUUUCCGACUGGGUUUGCAGCUAGUUCUGUUUGUACAUAUACUAUACAAAAGAUUGAUCCAAGCAUAUGUCAGGUUAGAAUCGACUUCCUCACAUUGAGACUUGCUCAGCCAAAUAUUAUGGGCGUUUGUAACACGGAUGCUUUGAUAGUAACUGGGGGAGCUUCUAAUGUUCCCAUUUUAUGUGGAGAAAAUACAGGCCAGCAUAUAUACGUCGAUUUCAACGGCAACACCAGCAUUACUAUAUCUAUUAGGAGCAGUGGAUUGUUUGCUUCUAGGGCAUGGAAUAUAAAGGUGUCCCAGAUUGCCUGUAACUGCCCUUAUAGAGCUCCUUCUGGGUGCCUGCAGUUCUACAACACCACAACUGGGACAGUGACAAGUUUCAACUAUGGUUCUGUUGCACCUCAGAACGGCGCCAGACAACUCGUCAAUAUGAAUUAUGGAAUUUGCGUUGCCACAAUAAGAGGUUUUUGUGGAAUCCAAUGGGCUCAAACUGCUGGUACGAUGACCUUUACCGUUUCGGACAAUACUUAUACUUUCAUAGGAGAUGGAACAAUAGGCACGGCGGCGGCUCAACAAACCGGGGCAGCAUGUACGGCAGAUUUUGUAGUCGUACCUGGUCCCAUUCUUCCUGACGGCACUGCUUUGACUUCUGACAGAUUUUGCGGGAAUGCCUUCGUGACACUCCAGACUUUUUCUCAGCCCUUCGUGAUGACGGUUGUGACAAAUGGAGAUGAAACAGGUGAUAUGGGAAAUGCAGGUUUCUCCAUGACUUUCACCCAAUUGUCUUGUGGAAUGAAUAUUUUUGUAGGAUGAAAGAAAUGAAAAUAAAAAUUCAUUCCAG